CUUGACGGCGGUUCGAGCGAAGUCGGGACCGAAGAAGACUUUACCGCCGCCGCCGCUGCUGCUGCUGUUGCAGCCUCCCUCUGUCCGAUUUAACCGGGGAAUUUCACAGGAUAACAGAGAAGUUCGUUGGCGGUUUAGCGGAUUUUAUCGGCUGUGGAUUCUCCCGCGACUUUUCUUCUUUCUCCGAGCGGCGGUCAGACUGUUCACUGCCCCGCAGGCUGGUGGCUAGCGUCGGUUACUGCGGCUAAACAUGGUGGCCUGUAGGCACAGAGAGGAGCCGAGCCCCGUCUCUGCGGGUUUGGGGGUGUUUUAAAGCAACGCGGGGACGUUUUUAAUGCUGCUUCACACUAUUUAAAGUCGUUGCUUUGGUAGUCUGGAGGUUUAUGUGAGGCUGCCCGUCUGUUUACGUCAAACCCGGGCAGCGGGACCACCGGCGGCAGCGGGACCCCGUCCGUGUUCGGCGGAGCGUGGAUAAUCCCCCCAAAAGUUCCUCCAGCCCGCCUCAAAGUUUCCCAGCGGAUGUGGAAAACUUCGGACCAUCCUAGCUACCCUUUCAGAUGUUGUGUUUAUGUUACGGAUGCUUUGACGCUCAGACACUAGGAUGAGUUGUUGCACAAGUGCAGCCUGAUGAAACUGUUUAUUUCGCCCCCUUCCUCCUCCUCCUCCUCCUCCUCUCCAGGGUCUGAUUGUUAAUCUGCGGAUUAUUAUGGGUUGUUAUCAUGGCCUAAUCCAGCCAGACUCUGAAUUUGGGGACUAGCUGCAGGUUAGAGGCUGACUGUGAUGGUGGUGGUGAUGAUAAUGAUGAUGGUGGGCUCCCUUCGUUAUGAUUCUGACCAGUGAGGAGUUCAUUACAUGGAGACUCGCCUGACAUGCCGAGGAAGGAGUUGCCACUACCUGACGGUUGGGAGGAAGCCAGAGACUUUGAUGGCAAAGUUUACUACAUUGACCACAUUAACCAGUGCACGAGCUGGAUCGACCCCAGGGACAGGCAGACGAAGCCUCUGACGUUUGCCGACUGUAUUGGGGAUGAGCUGCCGGUUGGCUGGGAGGAGGCGUACGACCCCAUCGUCGGACCGUACUAUGUCGACCACAACACCAAGAGCACCCAGCUGGAGGACCCGCGGGCCCAGUGGCAGCGGGAGCAGGAGGCCAUGCUGCGAGACUAUCUGGUCGUGGCCCGCGAUGCACUCAGCGCCCAGAAGGAGAUCUACCAGGUGAAGGAACAGAGGCUCCGCCUGGCACAGCAGGAGUACCUGCAGCUUAACGACGCAUGGAGGGACAAGUCGACGUCGCAGACGAGCUUGAAUUCCAGAUCAUCCUCUUCCAGCAAAUACGACCCGGAGAUCCUCAAAGCGGAGAUCGCCACGGCCAAAAGUCGGGUGAAGAAGCUGAAGCGGGACCUGGCCUGUAUGAAGCAGGAGCUGCAGUAUAAAGAGCAAGGCUUCGAGACGCUCAAACAGAUUGACCAGAAAGUGUCAAACAGCCCAUCUGGUUACAAGCUGCAGGAGGCCCAAGCCAUCCUUAGCGAGGUGCGCUCCAUCCGGGAUGCCAUCAGCUCUGGGGAGAAGGAGAAACAGGAGCUCAUGCAGAAACUGGCCGUGUUGAAGGACGGUUUCCAGCUGGACUUGGGCUCGCAGCAGGAGCUGUGGGGCAGCAGCCCCUCGCUCGCCAACUCAGAGCUUUCCAUCCCGCGGCUCUACUCUGACGCCAGCUCGCAGACCGACAUCCCUGCAGAGUACAUGACCAGCAACAACAAACUGGCAGAGAAGGUUCGUCUGAGCCUGAAGUAUGAGGAGGCCAAGAGAAGGAUCGCCACCAUCGAGGUCCAGAUCGCCAAACUGGACAGCGAGGCGUGGCCGGGGCUGCUGGACCCGGAGCGGGACCGCCUCAUCCUCAUCAACGAGAAGGAGGAGCUGCUGAAGGAGCUACAGUACAUCAGCCCGCGGCAGCAGCUGCAGCCCAAUGAUGCAGAGAAGCUGGAGUCUGAGAAGAAGCGACUGGAGAGAGAUCUGCAGGCUGCCCGAGACAGCCAGAGCAAGGCGCUGACGGAGAGGCUGCGUCUUCACUGCAAGAGGAACAAGCUGGUCAGGGAGCUGGAGGAGAACGUUCGACUCGCCACAACGCUGCACACGCAGCUCAAGAGCCUGUCGGCCAGUAAUCUGUCCUGUUCGUCCGGCAGCAGUCGAGGCUCUCUGACGUCCAGCCGCGGCUCGCUGGCCACCACGUCCAGCCUGGGCUCCACCUCCUCCCUCAGCUUCACCGACAUCUACCUGGAGCAGCCCGAGCUGGCCGACCCAGACUUCCAAAACAAGCUGGACAGCCUCCUACAGGAGGGCGGCCAGGGAGGCUACCGGCCCUCCAGCUCCAUCACCACCAUCCAUGAACACGAGGUGGUGACCGGCAGCGGAGCGAGAGAUGCCGGGAGACCUGAGGCCAAAGCAGGAGGGAUGGGGGGAGAUGCUGGAGGAGGUACAGGAGGUGGUGUUGGGUUGGAGCCGUCCAGGAUCCAGGCCCUCAGACUGUCAGAAACCCCUCGCUCAAUGAGCUCCUUAUCCCCACGCUCUUCUCUGUCCUCGCUGUCUCCACCAUGCUCGCCGUUGGUCACGGACACUAGUUUUCUGUCAGGCGAGACAUUCGCAGGCCAGUCAGUGGACUCCGGUGGCUUGGGACUUGACCUGGAGCUCCACAGCAGGCUGGCACAGCUGGAGCUCAGAAUAGACUCUGAUGAGCAGCAUCAGGAGGAGCAGGGAGGUCCUGGAGGGCUGGAGGAGAAGCAGAACCACCACAGUAUGCUGGGCGAGGAAGUCAAAGACUCUGCUUCCCAGCUGCGAGGAACGGGGGCGGGGCCAAAGAAGAUGGGCGUGACCUCGGCGGUGUCGGACGAGUCGGUCGCUGGGGAUAGUGGAGUGUACGAACCAUCAGAGCGCAAGUCUGGCCUCCCCGCCGACCUCCUCCUGAGCUCCUACGAGGACCGGUUGGCGCCCGGCUGCCCUCAGGUGCAGCUCGGCUUCCGUUAUGAGUCCAGAGACCAGCGCUUUACCGUCUACGUCAUGCAGCUGUCCAAUUGCAACGUCCUCUGUCUGCCAACCGGCCAGAAAAUGCAUGUGCGCGUUGCGGUGCUGCCCUGCGUGGAGGCCACCCGCUGCCUCUUCCGAACACGCAGCUCACCGUCUCAAGACGUCAUGGAAUUCAACGAGGUGUUCGGCGUGGAGAUAUCCCACAGUGCACUGCGGCAGAAGACCCUGAGGGUUGACGUCUGCGACACCGGCAAGUCAGGCCACGAAGAGUGUCUGGCGGGAGCCCAGAUCAGCCUGGCUGACGUCAGCUGCUUGGAGGAGAGGCGGACCAAGUGGUACAACCUGCUGAGCCGUGUCUACAUGCCUGAGAUCAGCAGCAAGGACAGAGAGAGCAGAGCGGUGGCGGGCGGCUCCGAAAGGACACGAGUGUCCAGCAGCGACCGAGUCAGAGCGUCUGAGGACAGUUGGCAUGGUGACCCUCUGGAAGCAGAUGUGUUCGAUGACGACGAAGGAAAUGGCGUAGAGGGGGUGGGGCCUCUGGAGGAAGAGGAUGAGUUUUAUCCCGACAGCAGCCAGUGGGAAGCGGAGGAGGAGGAGGAAGAUGAGAAGGCGGCGACCAAACCCCCUCCUACGAUUGCCGCAGCAGCCAUCACGGAAAAGGUGAACAAGGAGACGAGUAUGGACAGCUUGCCGUCGUUCCAUCACUGCUCGGUGGUUCGGCCUAAAGAACGGCGCCCGCAAAGCAGCCAGCAGAUCCCCUUCAUGAGGGGUAACACCAUCAUCCGGUCCAAGACCUUCUCCCCCGGACCUCAGAGCCAGUACAUCUGCAGGAUUAACCGCAGCGACAGCGACAGCUCCACGCUCUCCAGGAAGUCUCCAUUUGUCCGAAACGCUUCAGAGAGACGCAGUAUGCGCAUGAAGAGGCCUCCUGUGCCAGUUAAAGGUCUGGACGGUCUGCUGCGGACCUCCCUGGACCUGGAGUUGGACCUGCAGGUGUCCCGGACUCGGCAGGCCCGGCUGGCACAGGAACUGCGGGUGCUGCGGGAGCUGAAGACGCAACUGGAGAAGGCGAGGCAGCAGGGCCAGAAAGAGCUGCCUGCCUGGGUCCAAGAAGAUGAGCGCUUCCGGCUCCUCCUCAGGCAGGCCGAGAAACAGACUCGUGAGGAGCAGCAGCAGGAGAAGCGGGUGGAGAAAAUGAUGAAGGCUGCAGCCAAGGACGUCCACAAGAUCAGAGGCCAGAGCCGCAAAGAGGUCCCUGAGGUCCAAACCUUCAGAGAGAAGAUGGCGUUUUUCACGCGAGCGAAGACCUGCAUCCCCGACCUGCCGGCUGAUGACGUGUAGAGAAGCAUUUCAAAGUAUUCCCAGAGUCGUGACCUGUUAUUCCCACACCAAUGAAGCAAAUGUUUGGCGGUAUUAUGAAGAAUUAAAAUAAAUAAUAACAAUGAUAAUAAGUAGGAGUAAAACAUUUGACACAGUGGAGAAAGUAAUUUUUAAGGAGCUCAGCAUUUCUAAUGUGGAUAGUCUUUCUUUGUAAAUUAGUGAUAGCACUGCUGGAGCUUUUAUUAUUUUUUUAUUAUUCUCAUUUCCACUCUUCUGUUUGUGUUUCUGUUACUAACCGGCUGUUUUUAGGCUCUUAAGUGUUUUCAAAAUCAUUCCAGCACAAAAUCAUACAGUCACACGUGCAUACAAAAGCUUUUGUACUAAAAAUGGCACAAAAUACAAUCAAAAAUGGUACUCAAAGGAAAACUUAAGCUACACCUUAAAGAUAUUUAAUGUUGACCUUCAGAUCAUGUUGGGGUUUUUUUUUUGUUUUUUUUUUUGUUUUUUUUAGAGCAGACAAACAGCACAGUGUUUUAUUUUUUAUUUGUUUCACACACAACACAUAAAGUGUUUGUAUAUAUGGACCUGAAAACUUCUAAUCUGUUAAAGUCACUGCAGUUCGUUGGAGAUCAACCAGAGUUAUAAUCCUUAAGAUUUUUAAUCUUCAAAUACCUCCAAGUGAAACUCUCCUGAUGAAAUCAUCCAUCCAUCCAUCCAUCCAUCCAUCCAUUUACCUCUGCUAAUCUGGGGUGGGGUCACGGAGGCAGCAGCCUAAGCAGAGAAGCCUAGACCUCCUCCAGCUUGUUCGGGGAGAUAUCAUCUCUCCGGUGUGUCCUGGGUUUGCCCUGCCCUGAGGCCUCCACCUGGUAGGACAUGCCCAGAACACCUCACCCAAGAAACGCCCAGGAGGCAUCCCAGUCAGAUGCCCGAACCACCUCAACUGGCUUCUUCAAUAGUAAGAAAAUCAGAACAAAAAAUGAGUAGCUGUGUUAGAAAGCAUCUGAUCCUGAGAGAGUCAACUACAAUUCCCAGGAUGCAUUUCAGUAGAAAACAUCCAAUCAGAGUUUUUCAGAUGUGGUUUUGAGCUGAAGCUAGAGAUUAAAUCAGGACUGUUUGAAAGGUCCACUUCAGAUUAUAUUCUGAGUUAUAUUCUGAUUAUAUUCUAUUUUUUAUUAUCAUGUUUAAUAAUUCUUGUGCCUUGUCUAAACAAGGUCCUCAGAUCCCUUUGAGUUUGGGAUGGUGUUAUUUAGAAUAAAAAACAACAGAAAUGAACUAAUUAAUCAUCAUGACAUUGUCCUUCAAAGCCAAACUGUAGUAACGGAGUUUUUCAGCUUUGAAAAUGAGUAAACCAUCAAACGUAAACUGUAGGGAGCUGAAAAAAUGAGGCUAGUUGGGGAGGGAGUAGUAAACUCCAGAGCCCAAAGAGAUAACAAGUACUUGUUUUGGGUCGUUUAUGAAGUACUUCAGAUCAAAAUCACUAAAUCUACAUUUUAUUGUGAAAUGAGGCACUUUGAAUUUAUAUUUUUAGGUUGUGAGCAUAUGAGCCAGAUUUUUGAGUGGUGAAGACAAAAAAUCAAGCAAAAAGAGGCAAGAUACAACAUUUGCAUUGACAUAAGAUUGUAUAAAGACACACUGGGGUGUCUGUACUUCAUUAUGUUUCCUGUGUGAUUUAUACCAGCAGCAUUUUGGGACAUAGUCUUUUUCCAGUAUUUGUGCUCCUUAGUGUUUGGCAACAGUACUGAGAAAUUAUCUUAGAGAACUGAAGACUCCCAAAAAUGAGGUCUAAUUUAAAUUUUAAAAGAAAAUAUUCUGUUUUUCAUUCUCUUCUGUUAUAAUUAUCCUUUCAUAAUCAUUAGCCAAAAAUUUAGACUGCUCUAAACACUCAGUUUCAGACAGUUAUCUUCCUGGUCAUCUCUGGCUCGGAAGCUCCGUGCACCUGCUGUUCAAACUGAGGACCAACCAAUCAAAAGAAAUAUUGGCUUAAAAGGGGAGGGGCUAAAAUGGCUUCCUUCACAGAGAGAAAGGAACUGAGGGGGCUGCACCGAGGCCCAGUGUGAGAUAAAUGAGGUUUAUUUCCAACUGUUAAUCAUGCCAAACUGUGCUGGACUGAAUUCUUAAGGAUUAUAGCUCCGUUAUCUUCAAACAUAAGCAGAAACUGUAUAUUCUCUGUAAAUUAAGCGAAUUGAAACUUGUGUACGUCGCAUUGACGGCACAGGUGGUCGUACGUCCGCUUGCCUAUACAAAGCACUACACAACAGCAGCUCAGAGUGUCACUUUGAAUAUAAUCUGUAAUCAUCAGCAUCUCUCAUCAGCUGUACACAAACACACAUCAGCCGAGUGUAGAAACACUAACUCACACCAACUCUCAGGUAGUCGAUCGGAUAGUCUGCACUUUAAGAAACUUGAAGUAGAAGUUUUUAAAAAAGAAACUUGAUGUGAGUUUUUGGAACGGUAAAACAUCUGGAAACUUUUGCCUCAUGCUGGAACGAUUUCUGAUUGUUGAAACACACACAGGAAGUGAAUAUCAAAUGUGUUAUUGAUGACUGUGAACUUCUUAUUGAUUGUAUGAUUGUUAGACUGGAAAUCACUGGGGGGAAAAAAAACCCAUUAGCCAAUAGGAAGAGAGAAGUCCAGCUUUGCUUCUUAAGGCUCCUGCACUUCUCUCUGAUUGGCUGAUCAGUUUUUGCAGUUUUAAUUUCAGACUUCCUUCCCUCAUGUUUCCACCUGUAACUGGAUGUCUUUGAACACCUCUCAGAGCUGGACUUUCUACACUUAAAACUGUUGGACUGCGUUAGCAUAGUGCCCCAGCAAAACUCAACAUAUCACCUUAGUUAUUUUGCUCUUUGUUAAAGCUUGUUUUAGUCUGAAGCUCUACAAACCAGCAGAAAGACAUGUUCAGUGAACUUAUUGACGCAUCCAGCAGCUAAAGAGCCACAAAUGUCCCUCAGGUGUUCGUGGAGACCAGAAAGAGCUAAAAGAGGUUAAAUAUUGGUAAACCAAAUGAGCAGCACCUGGAUGUGGAAGCAGACUCCUGAAACCUUCCAUAUAAACUGAUGAUAUAUUAAUGUAGUGUGAAUCCAAACAGGUUAAAAAAAAAAAAAAAAGAUGUUACAGCAAAUUUUAACCUUAAAGUGUUUUUAUUAUAUCCUGACUUGCAACCAGUGUAGUGAAAGAAAAUUGUCACUGAGAUCAAAUAAUUUGUGCUGGAAUUUUAAUGGCGUUAAAAAACUGUUUUUUUGUUUUGUUUUGUUUUUCUCAGCAUCAUGCUCUGAAUCUAUGUAACAACAGUAACCAAUAAGAAAUCAAAUCUUUUAAAAAAUCUACUACAGGCACUCAAAUAUCUGCAUAGUGCUGGUGUUCAUCUGCUGAAUAUAAUGAAGCCAAAAAAAACCCAGAUACUCUCCAGCCAGGUGGUGGAGACCAAAAAUGGAGCUAAGAGUGAAUAUUGGGCUUGAUUGAUCACAGAUGUGGCUCUGUAGCUGCUGAAUGCAGAAAUUAGCGGCUGUUGAAUGUCCAGCCGUCGUCCUUGCUGAGACACCAGGCUGAACGUUUAGAUGUUGGGUGUGUUUUGUUGCUCUGAAUUUUCGUGUUUCCAUUUUCCAUGUACAGAAGAAUGUAGCUGAUGAAAACCAAGCUGCUGCUGUUAUUCCAGAUGUUUCUCUUUUUUUUGUACUCUUUGUAGAGAAACAGCAGCUCCUGAAAAUGAUUGAGCUUAUUUUUGUUCUGUUUUUUUAACCUUGUUAGUCGUCUCCACUUCCUGUUGCUUCCCAGUCUCUGUGUAUGUUUUCAGUCAUAAAAAGUCAGAUAGUCGCACAACAUCCAGGUAGCAGUAGGAAUAUUUUAGCAGAAAUGUGUGUAUAAAAAUAAACAUCACACAGCUAGAGAACAAGACACUAAUGACUCAAAAAAACUUUUUUUUUUUUUUACCCCCUCCAGAAGCAGCUCAAUUGCACCAACAUCGGUGUGAACAGUCAGUGAAAAAGAUCUAAACAAAAUAUUUAAAGGCUGAUCUCCCUGCUCUGAUGUAAAACAAUUAAAAUCUCAGUCUUCAUGAGGUAUUUGUAAUUUUACCCUCCGCUAUGUCACAAAAGAAAAUCAGACGCUGGAAAUACAAAGUCACUGUGGCACUAAAACUAAGCUAACACUUACUGGGUAUCUUGGAAAAAAUAAUUUCCACUUUAAGUGACUGACAUGAUCAUACUGUCCUCCAACUUUCCUUUGUUUACUAUCAGACUGCUGAUGUCACCAUAUAGAUGCAGCCAAACUUUUCCUCUUUUUUUUUAUUUUUUAAAAAAGGUACUUACUAUAAAUUCCAGGGUCUUAAAAAUAAUAAAUAAUAAAAUCUUUCAGAUGUUUCGUUAAAGAUAAUGUGAAGAAGCAGCUACUGUGAUUUUAUGUCUACAGUGGCUUGGCAUUAUUACUGAAAUUGGCCUGGGCUGUAUUUUCAGUUUGGACCACAGGAUGGCCCAGUGAGUCAUUAAGAGAAAGUACUUAUUUACAGUGGAUGUCCAGGAAAAGGCAAAGCCUCUAGAGGAACAGUGAAAUAUCAAAGUUAAACAGCAGCGUGCAUUUGAAAACAGCUCAUCAUACCAAGUUAGUAAAAGACUGCCCCCUGUUGGUGAAAGUUUCAGUUACAGUCUGCAGAUGGGAACUACAAAAAAAGUAAAUUUAAAAGUUUAAAACUUUAGUCAAAUAACCAUGUGAUACUAAUGAGAUCACGCAUCACAUGGUUAUUUGACUGCAGAUCAGCUGGAUGGGUAGAUUCCAGGUUGUACUGACUGUUUGCACUGAGAAAAAAAUUAAAGAGGAACGUUUUGGAGUCGGGUGUGCACCUGCAGGGCGAGCAGCGGUUUUCACAGCAACAGAACGCUGUGAAGGACCUGAAAGCCUUUGGAGAAGUCGUCUUCCCAAAAUGACCAAACAUGGGCGUCGUCUUAUGUAAGACAUGGAGAAACGUUCGUUUUCUGAAUGUGAGCCCUCUUUGUUCGUCCGCUGUGUACUUGAGUAGACUGGACAGAUAAGAAUCCACUGAUUAUCCUCUGAAUCAAAAAGACUUUUAUAUGAAACACCUGGAUGAAGGAAUGUAGGUUUAAAAAAAAAAACAAAUGCUGUUAGCAACAAAUUCUUUUUCUUCAUUGUGUAGGUAAGUCUGGGUUUUUUUUUUUUUGUGCUUUUGUUUUCUUUUAUCUGUUUGAACCCGGUUAUGUGUUUGCAGGCGGCUAUGAGAAACACUGCAUGUAUUUAUUGCACUUCUGUGAUUUUGUUUUAUUUUUGGGGGGGGGGGGGGGGGCUUUUUUUUUU